UAUAGCGGCUGGUUUUCCUGCUGCUGAGGUUCAAUGACAAGGCUCGAACUGCAGUGCAUUGCGGGGACGGGCAGGAUAAGAGGGUAUAAUAACCGGAUAGGACCGGGGAAGGAAGGAAAGAGACGGUGCCACUUGGAUUCAAAGACAUCAAACCUCGCCUUAAUUUAGAUUCAGAAUGGGGAAUAGAGACGACGAGUAUGAUUACUUGUUUAAAGUGGUGUUGAUAGGAGACUCCGGUGUGGGGAAGAGUAACCUGUUGUCUCGUUUCACCCGGAAUGAGUUUAACCUGGAGAGUAAGAGCACCAUUGGGGUGGAGUUUGCCACCCGCAGUAUCCAGGUGGAUGGGAAGACCGUGAAGGCUCAGAUCUGGGACACAGCUGGCCAGGAGAGAUACCGGGCUAUUACAUCAGCGUAUUACCGUGGGGCAGUGGGGGCCUUGUUGGUCUAUGACAUCGCCAAGCACCUGACCUAUGAAAACGUGGAGCGUUGGCUGAAGGAGCUGAGAGACCAUGCAGACAGCAACAUCGUCAUUAUGCUGGUCGGCAACAAGAGUGACCUGCGCCACCUCAGGGCCGUGCCCACCGAUGAGGCACGGACAUUCGCAGAGAAGAACGGUUUGUCUUUCCUGGAGACCUCAGCCCUGGAUUCUACUAACGUGGAGACAUCCUUCCAGACCAUUCUGACUGAAAUCUAUCGCAUUGUGUCUCAGAAACAGAUGUCGGACCGACGAGACAACGACAUGUCGCCUAGCAACAACGUGGUCAACAUCCAGGUGCAGCCGACGGAGAACAAACCAAAGAUGCAGUGUUGUCAGAGCAUCUAACAGCCUCACCAGUAGCACCUCCCCUCCCCUCCCCUAAAAGACUGCUUGGUCCUGUCUGACUGAGACACAGCUGCAUGGCCAGGCUCUAGACUGAGACACAGCUGCGUGGCCAGGCUCUAGACUGAGACACAGCUGUGUGGCCAGGCUCUAGACUGAGACACAGCUGCGUGGCCAGGCUCUAGACUGAGACACAGCUGCGUGGCCAGGCUCUAGACUGAGACACAGCUGCGUGGCCAGGCUCUAGACUGAGACACAGCUGCGUGGCCAGGCUCUAGACUGAGACACAGCUGCGUGGCCAGGCUCUAGACUGAGACACAGCUGCGUGGCCAGGCUCUAGACUCUAUGCUUCCAUGUAGAGGGUGAGGCUGUGUCCAGAUUCUCCACCCUUCCUCCCAAAGUGUGGCACACUCCAUGUCAUGGAUUUAAAGGCAUUAGAUUGUAAUAAUUGGCUGAAGGGAGUUUAUUUUCACCAUUGUUAAAUGUAUGAUGGGAAGUGUUGAAGUGAACACUUUGAGAAAAGGGUGGAUAAUUAGGGUGCAGCUGUGAGCCCGUUGGUUCCUUCAGGAUCCCCAGUCAGGACUAUACAGCUGUGUCUGAUCCCGUUGGUUCUAUACAGCUGUGUCUGAGCCCGUUGGUUCCUUCAGGAUCCCCAGUCAGGACUAUACAGCUGUGUCUGAGCCCGUUGGUUCCUUAAGGAUCCCCAGUCAGGACUAUACAGCUGUGUCUGAUCCCGUUGGUUCUAUACAGCUGUGUCUGAGCCCGUUGGUUCCUUAAGGAUCAGCAGUCAGGACUAUACAGCUGUGUCUGAGCCCGUUGGUUCUAUACAGUUGUGUCUGAUCCCGUUGGUUCUAUACAGCUGUGUCUGAGCCCAUGGUUCCUUAAGGAUCCCCAGUCAGGACUAUACAGCUGUGUCUGAGCCCGUUGGUUCCUUAAGGAUCCCCAGUCAAGACUAUACAGCUGUGUCUGAUCCCGUUGGUUCUAUACAGCUGUGUCUGAGCCCGUUGGUUCCUUAAGGAUCCCCAGUCAGGACUAUACAGCUGUGUCUGAUCCCAUUGGUUCUAUACAGCCGUGUCUGAUCCCAUUGGUUCUAUACAGCUGUGUCUGAUCCCGUUGGUUCUAUACAGCUGUGUCUGAUCCCGUUGGUUCUAUACAGCUGUGUCUGAGCCCGUUGGUUCUAUACAGCUGUGUCUGAGCCC